UUCUCUCUCCCAGAAUAAUGAUCCUUGAGAAACCCUAUAGAGCCAUAUAUACGUUGUCUUUAUAAAGAGACACAACCCAUGUCUUAUCUUGACUAAACUUUUUAUAUAGUUAAACUUUAUCUAUUCAAAAACAAAGCUGGAUUUGUAUUUUGUCCCUUAAACCACCAUGACUAAGAACUUAAGCAAUAUGAAGAAUCACAACCACAAACGUGAAAGAUGUAGUGAGUACAUCGAAGCUCUUGAAGAAGAACGUCGCAAGAUCAAUGUAUUCCAACGCGAGCUUCCACUUUGCUUAGAGCUCGUCACUCAAGCGAUUGAGGCGUAUAAGAGGGAGAUAUCGGGGACGACGACGGAGAACUUGUACGGACAAUCGGAGUGCUCAGAGCAGACCACUGGAGAAUGUGGGCGUGUCUUGGAUCUGUUCAUACCUAUCAGACACUCUUCGACCUCCGUAGAAGAGGUUGAUGACAAAGAUGAUGAUGAUGAACACGAAUCUCAUGAAACCAACAUAGAUUUCAAUGACAAGAACAUGAAAUCUGACUGGCUCAAGUCUGUUCAGCUUUGGAACCAAUCCGACGCUGUUGUUUCUAAUAAUAGACAGGAUUGCUUACAAAACAAGCCGGAAACGCUGGUGAAAGAUUUAAAAAGAAACGAUGGAGAAGAGGGGAAAAACAACAACAUCAAAUUAUCGGUGACUAGUAGUAGUGGCGGUGGUAGUGACGGAAGAGGGCAGAGAAAGAAUAGGCGAUGUUGGUCGCAGGAGUUGCACAGACGUUUCUUGAACUCUCUUAAACAACUUGGUGGUCCUCAUGUUGCUACUCCGAAACAAAUAAGAGAGCUGAUGAAGGUUGAUGGGUUAACCAAUGAUGAAGUCAAGAGCCAUUUACAGAAAUAUAGGCUGCAUGCAAGACGGCCUAGCCAAACAACACCUACCAACGGAAACUCUCAAAACCAACAUUUCGUGGUCGUCGGUGGAAUAUGGGUACCGCAAACUACCCACUCCACGGCCAACGCCGCCGCAUCGGCUGAGACCACCACCGGGAUUUACGGGCCUAUGGUCAGUCCUAUGCCGUCGGAGUGGCCGAGCCAUUCCAAUUUUAGUAGCAGGACUUCGGAAGAUAGAUCAAGGUACUCUAACAAAGGAAUUCUUCGGUGUAGCUCACCAGCGAUGUCUUCUUCUACUCGUACAAAGACGAAAGAUGCAAAAAUAUCAUAAUUUUGUUUAUUCAUUUUUGAUUAUUAAUUAAGAAAAGAAAAAAUCAUAGACACUGAAAGAGUGUAUAUAGAUGUUUGGAGUGAGACUUUCUCUAUAUAUUAUACUACACAGGAUUAAAUGUAAUUUUAA